AUGACCGCAGCCAAAGAAAAGAAUAAGCCAUUAACUGAGGAGCAGAUUGUAGAGGGUUUCCAAAAACUACGAUAUGAACAAAGGGCUAUUGCUAAUAAAAUUACUGGUCUUGAGAUGGACCAGAGGGAACACAAUAUGGUCAUCAAGGUUCUUAAAGGAGUUGAUGCUGAACGCAAAUGUUUCCGGUUGAUAGAGGGUGUUCUUGUCGAACGUCAAGUUAAACAUGUCCUUCCUGCCCUCGAAGCAAACGAAAAAAAGAUGUCGGAAGCUCUGGAAGCACUGCGACGUCAGUUUGAUGAGAAGGGUAUGGAGUUGCAGGUGUACAAAGAGGAACACAAGAUCCGAUUAGCUGGCGAAGAAGAUGGCGACGAUAGUCAUCAAUCAGGCGGUGAUACCCGCAAAAAGAGCAAUGAUAGUGAAGGUGCCGAUGGAAAGUCCUCGGGUGCCUCCGCAUCCUCUGGUGUUCUUGUCACUUAA